UCUGCGUUUAGACAUGACUCACGAAAGUGCACAAAAUGGACUUCAAAAAAAAGGUCUAGAUUUGUACAAAAAUCCAAUGACAAAAAAGGAUGUCGAAACCAUAGUCAAAAAUUCAUUGGGACCAAAUUACAAUAUUCACAAUUACUACGUGAAAAGUUAUUCGAACGAGAAUUUAGGUUUCAUGGGAGCACACCGUAACUUUGUUGUUGAAGUGUCGAAAGAAGGAUCGACGCAGAAGGAACUUCACACGUACUUCUUGAAGUCCGUGCCCUACAACGUCAACGAUCAAGCCAAGUUUGUGAAGGACAGUAAAAUGUUUUAUAAGGAGACGAGUUUUUAUAAUCUGAUAAUGCCAGAACUGAUGAAAAACAGUAAAGAUAAAUCGUGGGCAGCUCAGUGUUAUUUGGUGAAAGACGAUGCACUAGUUUUUGAAAAUUUGAUAAUCAAAAAUUACACCAUGAGAGAGAAAUACCUGGAUGUUGCAUCUCUCAAGGCAGCUUUAUCGAGCUUGGCAAAAAUGCACGCAGCUUCAAUGUUGGCUGAAAAACGACUUGGUAAAAGUUUUCUCGACAUGUACCCGGAUCUGAUGGAGGAAAUUCUAUUCUCUCGCAAAGGUCCAUUUGCUGAGUUCUGUCAAUACGGAAUCGACGUGCUGAUCAACGUAGCUAAGUAUUUGGGAUUAGAUCACAAGGUUGUGUCCAAAUUAUGUAACAUGAUUUUCGAAAAAAUAGAACCAUCCAAAACAAGAAAAAAUGUGAUAAGCCAUGGAGAUGUUUGGUCGAAUAACUUGAUGUUCAGUGGAUCCAAGUGUGCUUUGGUGGACUUUCAGAUUAUGAGGUAUGUUCCGCCAAUGGUCGACGUUUCGCAGCUGAUUUAUCAUAACGCUAAGAAAGAAUUGAGGGAUAAAUAUGAGAUGAAUUUGCUUGAACAUUAUUACAAGGUUCUGUGUCAGGUACUAGAAAAUGGUGGAGUGGAUAUACCGCGGUUUGAAGACAUCGUAGACGAAUAUGAAGAUAUGAGAAUCUUUGGAAUCGUGAUGAUCAAUAUGUAUUACCAAAUCAAUCAGAUAUCUGGAGAAAAACAAUUGGAAUUAAUGCAAACUUCCGAAGGAUUUAAUAGUUUACUCUUUCGCGAUCGCGUGGAUUUGGUUCUGGAAUUGAUGGAAAUAGACGAGAGAUAUAGAGAAAUUAUAUCGUCUGCUCUUAAAGAACUGGUUGAUGUUGCACCAAAAUAUUUGACGUAAUUGGAAA